CACACCGGCGGCGGCGGCGGGGCCAUGAAGGUGAAGAAGAGCGGCGGGGCCGGGGCGGCGGCGGCGAGGACCGAGGAGGAGCUGGGCCGAAAGGCGCUCAUCGGGCCCGACGACGUGCUGGGGCUGCAGCGGGUCACCAGCGAUUAUUUAUGCACUCCAGAGGAAAAUGUUUACAAGAUAGACUUCACCAGGUUUAAAAUCCGGGACAUGGAGUCUGGCACAGUCUUGUUUGAAAUCACCAAGCCAGCAGCUUCAGAGCGUGAGCACAAUGACAGGAAGGACGUGGACCCCAACGCCGGACGCUUCGUUCGCUAUCAGUUCACCCCGGCCUUUCUCAGGCUGCGGCAAGUGGGAGCCACGGUGGAAUUCACAGUAGGGGACAAACCCAUUAAUAAUUUCCGUAUGAUUGAGAGGCACUACUUCCGCGAUCAGCUGCUGAAAAGCUUUGAUUUUGAAUUUGGCUUCUGCAUCCCCAGCAGUAAAAAUACUUGUGAGCACAUCUAUGAAUUCCCCCAGCUCUCGGAGGAUCUCAUUCGAGAGAUGAUCCUUCAUCCCUACGAGACACAGUCGGACAGUUUCUACUUUGUAGACAACAAGCUGGUGAUGCACAACAAGGCAGAUUAUUCAUACAGUGGAGGACCUUGAGCGCAGGAUGGGCCGCGCUGGCCUCCCCUUUCCUAUGGAAGUCGUCAGGGAUACCAACACCUUCAGUUCUGUUGCCUGCAGUGUCAACUGGACGAGGAUCCACAAAACCAAGGACUCUUUGCCACAGUAGGAGUUUCAUGACUAAAUUUGCCGGUCUCAUCUCCUUUGAGCUUUGAAGCAGACCCAGUUCUUCAGAACUUUAAGCUAAAUGAUCUUUGGAUACCACUUCCCUAAGUUCUUUAAGUGUCUGCUUUGAAAAUGGCCUUGUUGGGACCUGGGGGAUUUUGCCCUAAUUCUGUGAAUUUGUGUUCUUGCCCUCAAGUAUCUUUUAGGACAUGAUUGCUUUCCCAAAGAAUGUAAUCAGAGAAACCACAUGAGUGGAUGGAUGCAGAGACAGAGGUUUGGUUGGUUGUUUCUCUUCGUCAGUGCUUCAAAGGCCAAUUUAACUUGUUCAUCCCGUCAAAAAUGUUGAACAUAGCAUGUCACAAAGUCAAGUUUCAUCUUUAGAUUGGCUCUUUCCAUAAGUAUUUCAUCCUUUAGUUUUGGUCCUUCUAUUUAAUGUUCUGUUUAAUCCUGGAAAUGCUGAAACUCGCAGUGAAGACCAGUAGUUUAAUGACAGAGCUGUUUUAAUUGGGUACUGUCCUUUCACAUUUCAGGUGAAGGUAAAUUACCAUUGUGGGUCUAUGAACCUCUCUAAGUACCUUCCAUUCAUUUCAGGUUUUGCAGAAUAAUCAGGAAAAAUGGAAGGAUUUUAGCUUUAUUUAACAUUUUCACAUAGCUAACAUUCAGCCUAUUCAUGCUACACAUUUCCGUGUCUAUUUUUUUUUAUCUCUGCUCAAUACCAAGAUAAGGGCUUCAGCACUGCUUGUUAGAGCAACACUUUCAUUUGUCUAUGGCAGCUGGAGUAUGUGGAAUUUCCAAUUUUCUAUUUGUAUCUGCAUUUAAAGAAUGUUAUGACAGUACUUUUCCUUUGUUAAAAAUGUUUCACAUCGAUAAUUAAUACUGGUGAAACAGUCUAAUAAUGUACAACUUAAAGGCCCAGGAAAAAAUUUAGCAAGAACUCUCUCUUCAGACUCUGGAAGAAGUUUAAGACCAAUUUUACCCAAGAAGUAGAAACACCAAGAAUAAACCAGUAUGGGGUGGCCUGUUGUCAUGAAACCCCUACUCUAAAGGUCAGUUCACUGAUACUUAAAAAAAAAAAAAAAGGCAGUUGAAGUUUGUAGAUAUUUCUAUAAAUACUUGAUGUCUCCAUGUCUAAUUCUGUGAGUUGAAGUGGAACAUUCUAUGUUAGCCUCGGAUAGGUGUGAUUGUAAUAAUUUUUAUAAAAUACCAUUUCCAGUUGUGCUGAGCAUCUUUUUAGUCGCAACCUACGUCAGACAGGACUACAAGUGGUUCCAAGUGUAGCCUAAGAACAGGGAGGUUUUUGUGCUCUUGCUGGGGUUGUGGUCACUGUUAAAUGUGUCACAGGUUGUAUUUGGCUUGGCUUUCUUGAAUUCUGAGAGAGGAUUCAGUUUUCUAAAGAAAACACAGUGAGUUUAGGUUACAGCACAGAGUUUUUAUUAAGCUUGGUAGCUACGAAAGUAUGUAAAGUUCACUGAUUUUACACAACUAGUAGUUAUAGUAAUUCUUAUCACGAUGAGACUUGUAUUUAUCACUAUUCUUUGUCUCUAGUGUAUUAAAUCAUACAGCUAGCCUAUGGCUGACUGAUCUGUUUGAGAGAUACAAAGAAUUUCCUCAUUAUUUGUAUAACGCUCUGAGCUACUGAUCAUUGAUUUUACAGCACAAUAAUUACUAAAGGUGAAAAUAGUUUCAAAAAUUUUGUCAUUCCUCCCCCCCUUUUCUUUUUGCAUCAAGGCUGUUAAACUAGCUAUAUAUGUAGUGACAUUUUGCAAGUUUAAGUAUUUCUGAAUUUCAUUUCAACUCUUGAAGGAGAAAAUAUGUUGAUUUAGAGACAGAAGAGAGUAUGUGUGUUUAUAAUUAGCACCCUGCACAGGGGGUUUUUGGUGGUAUUUUUCACCUGCUGUUCAUAAUAGUCACUUGUGUGCAUAAGAUUUUUAAAAGACUGUUAGGAAUGGUACUUGCCCAGAAUAACCAGCCAUAUAUUUAAUAUGGAAAUAUACAUCUCAGUAUGUCUUGGUGAGAUUUGUUGUGCUUUGUUGUGGACCCUUGGGUCGUUGUACAGAGUUUCCUCUCUGUACAGCACAUUGUUGUCACCUGCAAUAGUCAUGUUCUGCUCCUUUUAAGACUUUGGACUUCAAAACCAAAAUAAUUCCAUAAAAAUAUUACUGUAGUCAAUGGAAACUUGAGUGGUAGACAUGCCCCUUAUAAAAGAACCACGAGAAAAUCACCCUGUCCCCAAGAGGGCAGUGUGUUGUUGGAUGGACUUUCUGACACUGUAUUUUAGGGUAGGUUUGAGGUUAAACACAACAGUAUGAAUUAUCUGCUGCUGAUCUCCUGAAAUCUGAUAAUUCAGAUUCCAUGGGUAGUAAUUCCAGACUAACAGAAAAUUUGGUGUGAAUCAUAUAGGAGAUACUUUACUGAGUCAAUUUGUUGUCUAGUAUUAUUGGGAAUAUUUUAAACCAGAAACAAAGAUUGGACAUCUUCAGUAAAAUUAGUUUCAACCUAUUGUAGCUUUAGGUAAAGUUGGAGGAAUUUUACUUGUUUUAAAAGUCCCCAGAGUUUGCUACAAAUAACAAAUUCUGAUUCUUAAACCAUGACAAAGAACAAAACUUUCUGUGGGAAGUGUAAUGAAGGUGCUUUUUUCUGUGUUUCACUGGAGCAGUUAUCACUGUUAUCUCCCUGUUUUACUUGGAAACGCCUUGUUAGCAUUUCUUUAAGGUCAUCUGCAUCCACAGUCUUUACAAACUUGUGGGAAUCAGAUAAGCUGUAAAGUGAAACCCACAUUUUUUCCCCUUAAAUUGGCAGUUGAUUCUUACUAUAAACCGGUUGAAAAAUUAUAUCUUAGCAGCAUUGUUCACAGAAGAAUUUGUUAAUCUCCGGGUCUAGUUAAUUAUUUGGUGUUUUAAUAUUAAUUAUUUGGGGUUUACUUUGGAAUUUCAUUGCGAAAUCACCAAGUAAUGGCUCUGGAAAAAAAGAAUUCUUUUAUUUUCUUCCUUGGUCCCAUUUUAAACGUUGCUUUAAUUAGCACUGCAACUCUAUUUUAACAAGCCAGGCUGGCAAUUCAGGAUGUGACUUUCCGAAAGUGAAAGAAAACAUCUAAGAGCUAACCAAGAUUAUCUGCUAAUAAUGCCCGGCUGUUUCCUGUCAUAAGACAGGAUUAUGUGUGUGCUUUACAGAGUGACUUAAUCUUGGAAAAAGAAACUAAGUCUCUGUGUGUGCUAAUAGUGACAUAAUUUUUCUGAGAGACAGGGAAAUUAUAGCUCAACACGUUCUUUCAAGGAAACUAUAACUCGACACAUUUUUUUCACUUUGUCAGCCUUGGAUUCCUUGAAAUGUCAGGUUUUUUUAAGAAAAGCAGCAGUAAUACAUUGGUGGUGAGCUGCCAUGCUGCAUGCUCUAUUCAUUCACACUUCCAUGGCAGGAAGAGAACAAUUUAUUUUUAAAAUUAACACAUCAACUGUGGUUUAAAUUCUAGAAACUUUUUGUGGCAAAAGCCAAAAUUGUUUCUGUGAAUUAUCCUCUGUGUGGUGACAUUUAUGAAAUAACUGAAUGAUCCACUCUCCUUGACUCCGAAGAAUUUAUUUAUUUAUUUAAUUUAAUGUAGGAAGUCUCUGUAGGUUUGAAAACAAUGUGUUGGGGUUUAGUUCUUGCUCGCAAUCUCUCUCUAUGUCUUGUUUUUGAGCAGGUCAGUAAGAUGCUCUAUUUUCCACCUCUGUCCUCUGUUUGAGUUUCAUUCCAAAAUCCUGUGUUGAGUGUCACAGUGAUGGCUGGCUGUGUGUGAAACAUGCAGGCUACCAACUUCCAAAUACCUUCAGUUUGAGAAAAGGCUGUUAAAGUAUAUUGAGAAAUAGUGCUACAUAUCGACCCAUAAAAAAUAAAUUCCAAUCUUCAUAACAAAAAUUAUAGAGAACUCUUAGUCAUGCAAAGAUGGGGGGCUAUUUAAGGUAAGAAAAUGCUAAUGUCCAACAGCCAUACUUAAUAAGUAUUAUAAAAAUGCUGUAUUAAUUAUUCAUAACCUGCAAAAGAUGGUUAACAGCUCAAUUUUAAUUAGAUCUGGUUAGGAAGGAAACUAUAGAGAUGAUUGCUGUCGUUUAUAGGGGUGCGGGGGAGCAGCUAGAAAUGUGUAUGUAUGGCACAAAAGCUGGGCAGAUUUAUGUGCAUUGACUCUUUGGGGGGAAAAAAAUGAGGGGAGAGGGGGACAAGGACAGGAAAAGAAUUAAUUUCAGCUAUUUGGACCCAAGAGAUUCAAGGCCAUGGUAAGUGUAAACACGUUUUCUCUUGAGUCUGAGUCAGGUAGGAGCCUCAUUUCGUGGUUCUUCUCUAUACCCCCAGCAUAAGCACUAUCUAAACUUAUAGAAAUGUUUCAAUACUAAUAUUAAAUGUCAUUCACAGUUCGUAUCAUUUUCUAUACAUGGAAAUAUUUGAAGUAUUUGGAGAGUGUGAUGCUCUAGGUCUCAACGCUGCAGCUCAGUUGUUUUCUAUGUCACUGGUCAGUGUGACCCAGCGGGUGAAAUGGUGUUUGUGUGUCUAUAGCCUCCCUCCAAGCCCUGUGUUCAUGCCUGCUGUGACGUCUGCUUGUAUCUUAAUACACCCAGCAAACCUGUUUGAAUGUGACAUUGACUUUUUUUGGCAUAGCAGCAGAGUUGUCUGUAUUAAAAUGUAUUUAUAAAAAAAUA